AUGGGCUGCGCGUCCUCCUCCGCGGGGGGGCCGCGCGCCCCCGCCGAGGAGCCGGUCUCGCGCGCGGCCUCCGACCCCAGCGCGGAGGGGGGCAGGCCGAGGCCCGGGGGCAGGCGGCUGCUGGACGAGUACACGGUGGGGCCGAAGCUGGGCGAGGGCGCCUUCGGCGUGGUGUCCAGCUGCGUCCGCCGCACCACGGGGCGGGAGUACGCGGUGAAGAUGGUGGACCGGGUGGAGACGCCCGUGGAGGAGAUCAAGAGGGAGGCGGCCCUGCUGGGGGGCCUGGACCACGCCAACAUCGUGAGGGUCCACGGGGUCUACUACGAGAGGUGCUUCGUGUGCAUCGUCAUGGACAAGUACGGCGGCGGCGACCUCGUGGAGGGCCUGCAGAGGCACCUGGAGGCGAAGGGCCCGAUGGGCUCCCACCACAUCGUGCACGUGUCGCGGCAGAUGGGGGCCUCCCUCCAGUACCUGCACUCGAAGCUGAUCGUCCACCGCGACAUCAAGGGCGACAACUACCUCAUGGACCGAAGAGACAUGACGGACCCGGGCUGCAAGGUGGUGCUCUCGGACUUCGGCACCGCUUGUCAGGUGUCCCAGGGCGAGCGGCUGAGCGCCGCCGCUGGCACCACGAUGUUCUGGGCGCCCGAGUUCUUCGACAGGAACUACGGGCUGAAGGUGGACGUGUGGGCGCUGGGGGUCAUCGUGUACGGCUUGGUGAGCGGCCGAUUCCCCUUCGGGGACGAGGGCGACAUCCGAACGAGAGAGCCGAAAAUGCCGAAGAGGGUCAACCAGGUCUGCCAGGACUUCAUUAGGAAGUUGCUGCAGAAAAAGGAGGACGCCCGACUGUCAGCAGACCAGGUGAUGGCGCACGAUUGGGUCGAUUACGGCCUGAAGGUGGCAGCUGCACAGGCUCAGCGCGCUCAACGUGGGCAGGAGGGCGACGCAGGGGAUGAGUCAUCCCCUACGUCGCCCUCCAGCCGGGAUCCCCGGGAUGACGACGGCCCGAUCCAGGACAUGAGGAUAGAUGAUGCGAACGAGGGCAUCAAGGAGAGGCGGCAGGAAUUGAUCGACCGGUUGAACAAAGAACACAACAUAAGAUGUUCCCAGGUAGGUUUGGAGGUCAGAGCGGUCACGCCGAUGGAGCCGAAGCAGUCGGGCCACGCCGAUGCGAGUAAGUUCGUGCUCAAGGAUAAGAUGAACAAUCGCAUGGUGUACGAGUGGUUCGACAAGGCGAGGCAGAGGGACCUUGACGACUGGUUCCGCCAGGGCAAGGAGUCCUCCGAUGCCCUGCUGCAGGAGAGCACCGACCACAAGCUGUUCUCCAGGAUGCUGGAGGACCACAACAUCGACACCAGUGCGUUCGGAAAGGGGAAGGCGAAGACCCUCCCGCAGCUUGCCGCGGAGGUCGACGGAGGAGCUGCGCGGCUCAUGCUCGACGCCACGGAGCACAAGAAGCUGGUGCGCGUGUGCGACGUGGUGGUGCUCAAGCUCAAGAGCGAGGUCGACGAGCGCAUCCUCAUCGAGACGGAGGAGGAGUUCUGCGACGGCCGCAAGCGCGUCACCAACUGGCUGCCGGGCACCACGAAGGAGCCGUACGAGAACUCGCGGCAGGUCGCCGAGAGGAUCCUCCGGGAGUUCCUCCGGGUCGACCCCAGGGGCGUGGAGCUCGACCUCCGGAAGAUCGAGCGGGUGGAGGAGGAGUGGGAGUCCAUCUCAUACCCGGGCGUCACGACUGUCUACCGCAAGGAGUUGGUGGAGGGUUCUUUCUCCACGACCGACGGUGAUGAGCUCGCCAAGGUCGGCCUCUCCAUGGCGGGCGGACGGCCAUCCUACGGCGCCUGGCAUGCCACCGAUGCCGAGGGCAACACGAAGUUCUUCAAUUGGAUGACCAGCAAGGAGUGCGACGACAAGAAAGUCAACCUCUAUCCGCAGACAAAGCAGAUCUCGACACUGGUGCGGGCGCCCAUCGGCCUCAGCGAGGAGGCGCUGCGCAGAUACCUCACCAACUGCGGCGUCGAUACCAGCAGGUUCGGUGGCCCCAACGCGAAAACCCUGAAGGAAGUUGCGGCGGAGCUCGUCAGGGGAGAGUCCACUCUGUCCGAGGACUCCUCUGGCAAAGUGCUGCGGUGUGUUGACGUUGUCGUUGUUAUGAUUGUCAGAAACGAUGGCAGCGAGCUGCUCGUGCAGAGUGAGCACAUCAGCUCGCAUGGUGCCAAGUCCACGCUGAACCGGCUCCCGGGUGCGAAGCGCCGCCCCGACGAGAACCAGUUCCUCUGUGCGCGCCGCAUCAUCCGGAGGCAGCUCGAGAUCGACGACAACAGGGUGGACCUGGACAGGGAUGUGCAGGUCAUCGAGCAGGAGGAGGACUCCACCGCCUACCCCGGCCUCCAGACCGUGUGCCGGAAGCGCCUGAUCCGCGGCGUGAUGCGGUGA